UUUUCAGCGCCUCUUUUGACAUGCGGAAGGAAUCAGCCAGCUGUAGCAACUUGCAAGAAUGACAAGCACAACAUAACGUAAACACUGACGUGUGCUGCAAUGCAUUAACAGUUGGAGUGGAGCAAGGAAAGGGGGCCCCAAGUCCCUCCACCAUGGCCUCAGAACUCCACGAGACCAUAUUCAUGGCAAAGCAGGAACGCCACAAGAACCUGUUUCUCAAUUACCGAAAUCUCAACAACUUUCCCGUGGAGCUUCUGAAGGAUGAGGGCCUUCAGUUUCUGGAAAGGCUUUACAUGAAGAGGAACUCGCUCACAACUUUGCCUGACAACCUGGCCCAAAAACUUCCAAACCUGAUCGAACUGUAUUUGCACUCAAAUAACAUUGCCAUCAUUCCCGAAGCUAUUGGCAACCUGGCUAAGCUGCAGUCCCUGGAUCUGAGUGACAAUUCCCUGCAGGUCAUCUGUCCUGAGAUUGGACGGCUGAGAUCUCUACGGCACUUGCGAUUGGCCAACAACCAACUGAAGUUCCUUCCUCAGGAGAUCGGGGAGCUGCGUGAGCUGGAGACCCUGGACGUGUCCAUGAACCUGCUCAUCUCGCUGCCCGAGCGGCUGCACCAGUGCCUCUCCCUGCAGUGCCUGACGGCCGACCGCAACAGCCUGCGCACCCUCCCUCGCCAGCUCUGCCAGCUCCACAGCCUCAACGAGCUCUCCAUGGCCGCCAACUGCCUGGCCUCGCUGCCCCUCGAUCUCGGGCGUUCACGGGAGCUGCAGUUUGUCUUCGUGGACAACAACAUUCACCUGAAAGGCCUUCCGUCCUACCUGUACAACAAAGUCAUCGGCUGCAGUGGGUGUGGCAUGUCAGCCCAGGUGUCGGAGGUGAAGCUGCUGACCCUGGCCCUGGGGGAGAUGGCCGUGACCCUGCCGGCGGAGGUCAAGGCCAUCGGCUCGGAGCGAGACCAGGUGGUGCCUCUGGAGGAGCUGGCCAUGAGGACCCUGCACAGCAUGUACAGCGGGGCCCCCAAAGGUGUAAAGGUGCUGCCCCCUAUCCUGUUGCCCAGUAGCCUGUUGGAUCUUCUUCAGUGUCCACUGGGCCACUGCCACCGCUGCAGCCAGCCCAUGUUCACCAUCGUCUACCCCAAACUCUUCCCCCUCAGAGAGACCGCCCUGGCAGGGGUGCACCGGAGAACCACGGUGAGUUUUGUGGCAUAUUGCUGCUCCAGUCAGUGUUUGAGGACAUUUGACCUGCAAGGAUGACAGCUGCUGUAGGUGCGGAACCUACCACUUCUCAACCCCCCUCGCCCUACCACACCCCUCCCCCCCUCCCAUCGGCCUCAUGCCCCUCUUGGACAACAAAAACUGCACAGAGGGCUACCUUCACCUAUAGGUGAAGGACUCUAUUCUACCAUCUCUCCUUCUCUUCUUCUCUUUCUACUCUCUCUCUCUCUCUCUCUCUCUCUCUCUCUCUCUCUCUCUCUCUCUCUCUCUCUCUCUCUCUCUCCUACUCUCUCUCUCUCUGUUUCCCUCGCUUUCCCUGUCCAUCUCUUUUCUAUCUCCCUGUUUGUCCUCUCUGGUAGCAAGAGCUACAUGGACUACAGAGAGAAGGCAGGUGCUCCACUUCAACCAUACUCCAACCUAUGAAGGAGAAAGAAGGCCCUGUUAAAGAGACUGUCACGGGGCCACAAAGCUUGGCGAUGAAUGUCAACCCCCUCCCCACUCCAACUCACUGGGGCUGGAGGAUCCAAUAUGAACACCAGAGCGACCUGAUCAGAUGACAUCGUGGAGUAAGCAGAACAUGCCGGGCCGUUGUAUGCGUCAGCGUACACUACACAUCGAUUCCUGUGUAUAACAUGUCAAAUCGUCGGCAGAGAAUACUACAGUAAAUGUCUCACUACAAGCGAAUGAAGAACUUUUUUUUUUUUUUAAAGGACAAAAAAAACAACAGAAACGAGAAAACAAAUCCAACUUUUGUAGUAAUUUUGAAAUGUUGCACUUGGAAUUAAUAUGGUGAGAAGUGAAAAAGAACUCAAACAAAUCUAUAUUUUGGUCUAUGAAAAAAUGCAUAUCAAUUCUGUCGUGGUGGGGGGAAAAAAAACAAGAAUUCCAAAACUUUGAUUUUGGUCCAAAGUAUGGCUUUGAAUAUUUUUCAGACCUAAAUGAUUGAAAUAAUUUGAAGUGAAUAUAUCCUAAUGGCCACUCGAAUGUGCAUUUAUGUAUCUUUUUAAAACAAUGCCUUUUGGUGUUUAAUGGACAAACCAAGUGUGAGCAUCACAGCAGUGGUGGCAUUUUGAGGGUUAUGGUGCUAAGUGAGAGUGGCCGCGUUAGUGAUGGUGCAUUGCUGCUUUUGCUGUGCAGUGCGCAUGCACUCUUUGCAAUGUAUUGAAAUGGCAAACUGUGCAUGCGCUCUGCUCAGCAAAAGCAGCAAUGCACCAUCAAGAAUGUGGCCAGAGUGUUCAGAUGGCUUCAGGAGUGAAGCCUCGAGACUUUGCAGUCAAGCAUUGCAUCUCUACAGUACACUACCCAGUUUGUGUGGCUCCUCUCCUCUCAUGUGUUCUGAGGUUUGCACUUGAAUGAAACUCCCAGCUGGCUAUGUGAGACUUGUUCCAAAACAACACACACACAUUUUCACAUAGACACAUUAUCACACACACAGACACACACACACUCAUUUUCACACUCACUCUCUCUCUCCCUCUCUCUCUCUUUCUCUCUCUCUUUCUCUCACACCACACGCACACACAGGCACACUCUGUCAAACACACACACAGUCUCUCUCUCUCACACACACGCACAAAUAUGUGGUGUGGCCUGAUAAUUAAGGCUCUUUCAGUGACUGUGUUGUCAAGUCCCUUGAAUGAAGGCCAGACUGAACAGAUUGUGAAGUUCUAAAGCCUGCAAAACAAACACACAGGCUCAAACAUUAACUGGAAAAAAUGAUGAGUGUGGAUCAUAUGAAGACGUUCACCAACCACAACUCAGAAGACUAACUGAAAAGUGAGGCAGAUAAUGAGUUUGGAUUUUUUUAACAGUUCUUACAGUCUUACAACCUACUUACAGCCUAAGAAGUUACAGUUAAUAUCUCAUUUGCCAAUAAAGGGGUGUUGUGUUGUCACACAGACGACAGCAUUUUGUUCAAUGUAGUGAAGGAAUGCCGUGAAAAAAAAAACUGAAAACAAAAUAACAAGGGUUCUUAGUGAUCCUUCAUUUUAACUGAUUUUUGUACAUGUGUUUUUUUUUCUCUGUAAGAAAUCUAAUUUAUGAACCACUGCUUUUAUUUGAAUGUCUGACAUUUGGCAAUAAUCAUUCUAAAUGUUCUCAUUUUAA